AUGCAACGCAUAGAUGACUAUGACGGCUAUGCUGCUGGCCCGUCGCGGAUUGUCAUAGAUAUCAACGCGCGACCACCGACAAGCGCACCACCCCCUAGCACUGCUCAAACUCCGUCUGGUGACGGCGGGGCGAAGAAACGGGGCAUCAACAGAGCCUGUGAUGCCUGUAGGCGGCGCAAGACACGCUGCGACGGCUCGACCAUGCCCGACAACAUAUGCACGAACUGCCUACAAAGCCACAAGUCUUGCACCUAUGCUGAAGCAUCAAAGCCUCGAGGCCCGCCCAAAGCUUACGUCACGGGAAUGGAAGACAAAUUGGAAAGACUCGAAGCGUUGCUGAAGAAGCUCCGACCGAAUGAAGACUUCUCAGACGAGCUAGGACCACCUGUGAUUCGUGAUUCGUGGAAGACGGAGGACGCAAACGUCGAACACCGGAUGCUAUCUGUAAAGCGUGACAUUUCUCCAUCAUUGCCGACCGUUAUUCCUUCACUCGGCUCUCUGGUACCUCCUCUCGGGGAGCCGCAGCAAAUUGUCAUUGGACCCCCCACGCCUCCUCGUGUCCCCGGUCACAUCAAGACCGAGUCUGAUGACAAUGGUUUAUCCUUAGUUGGCUUACCUGAGUCGCCGACCGGUAUACACUUGCCCUCGGCAGCUGAAGACGGCUCAGAAUUUUCUGCCGGCCUGGCCCGCCUUUCCUUGCGUGGCACCAAUGACCUUCUGGAAGACGAUGCUAACCAGCUACGUUACCAUGGUGGUAGUAGCACCGUAACGUUCGCUGAAGCCGCCAAAAAGUUUAAAGAGCGGCAGGCGCAGGAAGCAAAGAGCACCGACCCUCGCGACGAUGGGUUCCAGUCUAGGAGCACAGCGGGUACUCCACGACCCAUGCACACGCCCAUACGUCGGCCUGAGUAUUGGCGCACACCACCUUGGGAACUUACCUGGGAAGGCGUCAGGCAUGAGUCCACUUCGUUCCUUGCCCCCUUUAUCCCCCUUCUCCCGCCACCCGACUUGGUCAAAUCCCUCAUCGACUUAUAUUUUCUCCACGUCAAUACGCAAUUCCCCCUAAUCCAUCGACCAACAUUUGAGCGUCAUUGGAAAGAGGGCCUUGUCGAGAAGGAUGUUUGGUUUACCUGUUUAUGCUUCACCCUUUUUGCUGUCGCCAGCCGAUGGUCAAAUGAUCCCCGCGUCCUGGACGAAACACCUCUGCCUAUGGUUGAACAUGUCUGGUGGCAGGCGGGGGCGAAGUACUUCAAUGCUGCCAUGGAGAUCACACGCAUGCGAAGAAGUCUGUUUAACCCUGGAUGCUUAUUUGAGAUCCAAUCAUUAUUCCUAUUGGCCGACUUCUUACGCGGGACACCAAUGUAUUCUACCGGAUGGCUAUUUAUAAGCAUCGGUAUUCGAAAGUCGCAGGACCUCGGUGCUCACAGAAAAUCAUCUUAUAAAGAUACUCCAAGCGUAGCGGAAGAGUCAUGGCGGCGAGCUUUCUGGCUUAUGGUCGCGCUGGACCGUAUCACAAGUGCGUUGAUGGGAACACCUGCGGUGAUCGCUGAAGCAGAUUUCGAUGUAGAUUUGCCCUUGGAAGUAGACGACGAAUACUGGGAAAACGAAGACCCGUCACUUGCCUUCAAGCAGCCGCCAGAUAAACCAUCCAAAGUAGCAUUCUUCAAUUCUUGGGCUAAGCUCAGUCAAAUCAUAGCCUUUACUACAAAGACGAUAUACGCCGUCAAUAAGUCGAAGGUGUUCAUAGGCGCUAACAGUUCCCGUUGGCCGCAAGAAGUGCUUGAGAAAAUGAACAAAGCUCUAGGAGAGUUCAUGGAGUCAGUUCCACCCCACCUGAGAUGGUCCAAAGACAUCCAUGACGAGACCUUCGCGAACCAAUCAGCCUGGCUUCACACCACUUAUUACGUUACCCAAAUCCUCAUACAUCGUCCAUUCAUAUUUUCUUCAACCAACGGUUCUUCUGACGGUGACGUCCCCUACGAAUCCCCCGCCAUCGCCCUGGAGAUAUGCGCAUCCGCUGCCAGAGCUUGCGCGCGUAUAUUCGAAGUACAAACACCUAAAGGCUUUGCGGGCGUGCAAAAUAUGAUCAAUUGCGCGCAUAUAUGUGCUAAGAUACUUUUGAUCAAGGUCGGGGAGGUCAAUUCCCGUGUUAAACGACAUCCUUUGGAUAGCCGUGAAGACGCUGCAACGGUCAAGGACCUCAUGCACGAUGUCGAUAUCUUCAUGAAGGCCUUGGAGUCAUUGGAAUCGCGUUGGGAGGUUGUUCCUAUUUUCUUAAACGAACUGCGUAAACUAUUCCCUUCUAGCAAUAGCGAUGGUUUCGACGUAUCCCCUCCUUUCCCCGCACCUUCAAUGCAGUUGGAUCUACCAAUAAUUCCAGCUCCUCGGGUGCCAGAGACCAGUCCAAAUGCAUUCACUUAUCAGCAAGAUGUCCCUUCCAGUUUCCAGCACGGUUGGCAAUGGUAUACAUCUGCGCCUCCACCUCCGAACACGCCGAGAGAACUACAGUACCAAGAGCAAUAUCCUUCUUACGAUUCGAUAGGGUCAGGUAUUCCCAUCCCGGACCAACACUAUGGCAAUGUAUACAAUGCAUACUCAAACGAGGGUCAACACUCUCCGACCCUUCUGCAACAGACCGCCAUGCCCCCAAAUAAGCUGCCGCCACAAUAUUACCCGACCUAUCCGCCACUCCCGCCGCCCCCACCAAUACACCGCUAUACCGACCGCAACGGAUUCUCCUCUGGCUUUACGCAGACAAGAGGGAGUUCGCGACGCUGGUAG